GUUGAACUGCUAUUCACUUCCGUCUUUCUGCAGCGUGUAGGAAAGCUUUUGUGAACCCAGAAUUUGAUCAAAAAACAGAUUUAUUUUAGUUUUCUAAGCACAUUUCACCGUCGACAUGGUGAAAUUGUCCGCAGAACUCAUUGAGCAGGCUGCUCAGUACACUAACCCAGUGAGGGAUAGAGAAUUGGAUCUAAGAGGUUAUAAAAUCCCUGUGCUAGAGAACCUAGGAGCAACACUUGACCAGUUUGACACCAUUGACUUCUCCGACAACGAAGUCAGAAAGCUCGACGGCUUCCCUCUGCUGAAAAGGCUCAAAACGUUACUUAUGAAUAACAACAGGAUAUGCCGUAUUGGUGAAAAUAUUGAACAGUCUUUGCCAAGUCUGAAGGAACUGAUCCUCACAAGCAACAACAUUCAGGAACUGGGUGACUUGGAUCCCUUGGCCUCAGUCAAGACCUUGACCUUACUCAGCCUGUUGAGAAAUCCUGUAACCAACAAGAAACAUUACAGGCUCUAUGUCAUCAAUAAAAUACCUCAGAUCAGAGUUCUUGACUUUCAGAAGGUGAAGCUCAAGGAACGCCAGGAGGCGGAGAAAAUGUUCAAGGGGAAAAAAGGUGCUCUGCUUGCAAUGGAUAUUGCCAAGCGAACAAAAACGUUCACUCCUGGAGCCGCCAUGCAGCCUGAGAAAAAGAAGACCGGCCCAACACCUGCAGAUGUGGAAGCUAUCAAGAAUGCCAUAGCUAAUGCCAGUUCACUGGCUGAAGUGGAGAGGUUGAAGGGGCUCCUCCAGGCUGGUCAGAUUCCAGGACGGGAUCUCAGACAAGGUCCCCCUGGAGUGGUGGAAGUGGAAGAGGAGGAGGAGGAAGAGGAAGAGGAGGAGGGAGCAAACGGAGUGGUCCAUAUAGAACCAGAGAUGCAGAUGGAAGCUGCUGGAGGGGAAGAAAUGGAUGAAGGAGAGGAGGAGGAAGAGGAAGAGGAGGAGGCGGCGGCAGAGGAGGAAGAGGAGGAAGAGGAGGAAGAUGACGAUAUGGAAACGGACACACCUGUUAAUGGAUCGUGAUUGUUUAAUGUGAAUCUUGUGAUUGCAAUUUUUCUGUCUGUACGUUUAUAUUUGUCUUGAACAUUAUUUUGAUCAUUUCUACAUUAAACUUUUAUUUUAAAACAAAUUUCAGUUUGACCAGUAUGUUUAAUGUAAUACAAGUAAAAUACUUCUUGGUCAAAAACGUUUCAUAUAGUUCUCUCAUAAGUUUUGGGAUUCGUGCAGUCACUAUUGUAUUUUGGCUGUUGCGUGUGUUCAUGGCAUUUCUGAUAUGUACAUUAGAGGGACUCUGAUAUUCAGAUUUUUUCUGUGUUAUCUUUAGUUUGACCCUUUGUGCUGUUAUGUCACAAAGAACCAAUAAAUUAAUAAAAUACUGA